GGAGGCGAAGUGGCCCUGCGCCUCACGGCGAUCGGCACGGCCAGGGAGAAAGUCCCUAGCAGGAGAAGAACGAGCUGCAUCCCCCCCAGGCAGAUUUUGUCUAAAACUUUGGUUGUAAUUUGCCGUCUCGCGCUCGGCAUCCCGCCGACACUUGAACGCUCCAGCUAGCUCUCUGCCAUCUACAGCAGUCAACGCGUUGUCCAUCACCAUCCGAUGGAGGGACACUAUCAACCCCUCGUAGAGGGAAGGCCAUCCAUUAGCAGCGGGUUCCGUCCACGAGAUUUAGGCGGCCGAGGUUUGACUCGGUCUGGAACCGUCAAGCAGAUAGCUCUUACGCGUGCUGGCAACUUUGUCGUCGAUCAGCCAGUCUCAAAGCAACUUUUGAAAAAUGCCACUCAUACAACAGGAGAUGAAUUCACACACAUGCGCUACACAGCGGCUACCUGCGAACCCAACGACUUUGCCCAAUCGUAUACUUUGCGACAGCGUCAAUUCAAACGGCUCACCAAAGUUGCUCUCGUCGUUACCAUGUAUAAUGAGCCUGAUGUACUUUUCGCAAAAUCCAUGUUUGCGGUGAUGAGGAAUAUUGCCUACCUGUGCAGCGACGAGUGCAAAUACGGAUGGGGCCCAGAUGGCUGGAAGAAUUUCGUCGUCGUGAUAGUGUCGGAUGGACGUUCUAAGGUUAACCCAAAGGUUUUGACACUUCUGGGAGUCAUGGGCGCCUAUGCUGAUGGCCUUGCAAAGAGUACCGUCAACGGCAAAGAUGUCAAGGCCCAUAUUUUUGAGUAUACCACACAAAUCGCCAUUGAUAAAGAGCUGUAUCCCCGUUCAGAAACAAAGGAGCACUUGGUUCCUACACAGUUGAUCUUCCUGCUCAAGGAAAAGAAUGCCAAAAAGAUCAAUUCGCACCGAUGGUUUUUCAAUGCGAUUUGUACGGUUCUUGACCCGGAAGUCACAUUCCUAUUGGAUGUUGGAACCGUGCCUUCUAAAGAAUCUUUCUACCACCUCUACAGAGCGUUUGAGCGCGAUCCUAACGUGGGCGGAGCUUGUGGUGAAAUCAAAGCUGAGCUAGGUUCUGGCUGGAGGAACUUAUUGAACCCUUUGGUCGCCACGCAAAAUUUUGAGUACAAAAUGAGCAACAUCCUCGAUAAGCCCCUGGAAAGCGUGUUCGGAUACAUAUCUGUGCUUCCUGGAGCUUUCAGUGCCUACCGAUAUAAAGCGUUGCAAGGUGCUCCCCUGGAGCAGUACUUUAGAGGAGAACAGAUGCACGGCGGUGCGGAUAUAUUCGCGGCUAACAUGUACUUAGCGGAAGAUCGUAUUCUUUGCUUCGAACUCGUAACAAAAGCAAGAGAUAGCUGGUUGCUCAAGUACUGUAAGGAUGCUCGCGCCGAGACCGAUGUACCGGACCAGCUUCCGGAGCUCAUCUCACAACGCCGACGUUGGUUAAACGGGUCAUUUUUCGCUGGUCUCCACGCCACUUGGAACUGGAGCAAAAUAUUUCGGUCUGGACAUUCUACCGGACGGAAGGCUGCUCUCCUUGUGGAGUUCUUUUACAACGCCAUCAAUCUUCUUUUCAAUUGGUUCGCCCUUGCUAACUUUUACCUCGCGUUCUACUUUCUUUUCGAUGUCGCGGACGAUAGCAGUGACACAGAUCCUUUCUACCCACAUUCCGAAAUCGUCUUCCAGAUUGUCCGCGAGCUUUACAUUUUUGCUAUUGUCUGCAUAUUUGUCAGUUCUCUUGGCAAUCGACCUCAAGGUUCUAAAUGGCUGUAUACUUCAAUCGUGAUCGGAUUUACACUCAUUAUGGGCUUGAUGCUCUUCCUGGGCGGGUGGACGGUUUAUGUAUCUAUCAAAUUCGCCAUCCAAACCAUCGACGAGCAGCGAGUUAGCUUCUUCCGGUACUUUCGUGAUACGCCUGCAUUCCGCGAUAUUGUGAUCUCGCUUGGAUCAACAUAUGGACUUUACAUAUUUGCGAGUCUUGCCCAUUUUGACCCAUGGCAUGUUGUCACGUGCAUGUUCCAAUACCUCCUCCUUCUGCCUACCUACAUCAAUAUUUUCAUGAUUUACGCAUUCUGCAACCUGCAUGAUGUUUCAUGGGGCACGAAGGGAGAUAACGCGCCUGAUCUCGGCAGCGUCACGGUGAAGACAACCGCUGACGGCAAGCAGAUUGUGGAAGUUGAGAUGCCGCUCACAGAUGACGACCUCGACGAAGCAUACGGGGCAUUCGCGCGCCAGCUAACUAAGCAACGCGAGGAGUUGCACGCUCCCGCUACGGACAAACCAGCAACCAAUCCGCAAACGCAACAAGAGGACGAUUUUAAAAUCUUCCGGACGCGGGUUGUUUUGUGUUGGAUGAUGACCAAUGCGUUACUCAUUAUUUUGUUCACGAACAAAACAAUUGUGAACAAACUCUUCCCCCACAAAUCGGGCACCUCCGUGAACCCAUACCUGACAUUCCUCUUUUGGAGUGUCGCCGUUCUCAGUGCCAUCCGGUUUAUUUCCAGCAUGAUUUAUCUGAUAGGAUAUUGGAAAACGAGGAUUGGGGAGAAGGCAGGUGGGCGCGGUAAUGGCAUUGCCCCCACGUAUUCUGGACCCGACGCAGUAUAGACAGCAUAGCAAUCCGAUAGAGAGCAGUUAGCUGUACGCCGUGAAAUUGUUGUUAUGUGUGUAGCUUUUUUGUAGACGUUUUUGUAUUAUUGUCCGUCUUGUAUUAUGCGUAUUGUUUACAGAUGUAUUUUGGGGUAUCGUGCAAAGACAUGCUCCUAAAGUCUAUAUGACUUUGCAUAAAUUAGGGGGAAAAGUAAG